CUGACGUGUUCGCACCCUAUGCGCACGACGUGGCAGCCACGAUCAUCCAGCGACACUGGCAUUUCGACGAGUCGACGAUAUGCAACCUCAGCUAGAAUUGUCCUAGCAUUCGGCAGCACCUUCAUUGAGGGUUCCAGGGAAUCGCAGCUGUCCGACUGCCGUGCUGUACCUACUGCAUCCUACUCCCUCCUCGAAGUUAUCGCCAGCAGGGCACCGUCUCAUAACGCUCCUUGAGCGUCCUAGCUAGCAUCUGCAUGCAGCGACAAUAGAUACAUGACAUGUGUUGGAUGCUCUCCAAUACGUCUCAUUUGCCUCGUGCAUUCUGUUGACAGCUCAGACAUGCCUGACCGUGCAUUCAUGGGCAUAGAGAAGCAUCCAAGAACAAAAGCCUAACAGACACCUUGACCUGUGCUCUCCUGUGCCGAGUCGAGGUCACUAGUGAUGGUCACAUCCCGUUGUAAAAGCAGUGCAUUUCACACCUCUAGCACGCAA